GGUGCCCACCGGAAAGACACACGCACACACACAGCUCCAGCGAGCAGCAGAGAAAUAGGAGCCACUUUCGAACCUCCCAGCCGUGUUCUCUCUCUCUCUCUCUCUCUCUCUCUCUGGGCUUUAAGGCUCUGUCCCUCCCCUCUGUGAGUGAGUGAGUGAGUGAGUGGUGCAGCAGGGCGCGCAGGUGGAAGAUGGCGAGAGGAAGGUCGGAGUUAAAACUCUUACUGCUUUUCUUGCUCCAUGUUUGCGGCACCAGCGCGCAAGAUUUACCGACGAAUGGAGUGAACGGAUUCAGCCUCCAUCCGCCUUAUUUCAAUUUAGCUGAAGGGACAAAAAUCACGGCGACGGCCACCUGCGGGGAGGACGCGCAGAGCCGCGCAGUGCAGGACCUCUACUGCAAACUGGUCGGAGGGCCGGUAUCCGGGGACCCGAGCCAAACCAUCCAGGGCCAGUACUGCGACACAUGUGACACGGCAGACAGUAACCGAGCCCAUCCCAUCACUAACGCUAUUGAUGGAACAGAGCGGUGGUGGCAGAGCCCUCCCCUCUCUCGCAGCGCUGAAUACAACGAAGUGAACGUCACGCUAGACCUGGGACAGCUUUUCCAUGUGGCUUAUGUGCUCAUCAAAUUUGCUAACUCUCCAAGACCUGACCUGUGGGUCCUCGAGCGCUCUGUCGACUUUGGGAAGACCUACCAACCCUGGCAGUUCUUUGCCUCCUCCAAGAGGGACUGUAUUGAGAGAUUUGGCCAGAGGACCAUCGAGCGCAUCAGCCAUGACAACGAUGUCAUCUGCACAACAGAGUACUCUCGUAUAGUGCCUCUGGAGAACGGAGAGAUUGUGGUGUCGCUGGUUAACGGGCGACCUGGGGCCAUGAACUUUUCCUACUCACCCGUGCUGAGGGAAUUCACCAAAGCCACCAGUAUCCGCCUGCGUUUCCUGCGCACCAACACACUGCUGGGCCACCUGAUGGGCAAAGCACUGAGAGAUCCCACCGUCACUCGCCGGUAUUACUAUAGCAUUAAGGACAUCAGCAUUGGAGGGAGGUGUGUGUGCAAUGGGCAUGCUGAAGCCUGCAACGCUGUCGACCCCAAUGACCCUUACAAGCUUCAGUGCGACUGCCAGCACAACACUUGUGGCCCAUCAUGUGACCACUGCUGUCCCGGAUUCAACCAGUUACCAUGGAAACCAGCCACUACUUACAGUGCAAAUGAGUGUGAACAGUGUAACUGCCACAGACACUCGUCUGAGUGUUACUAUGACCCCGAGGUAGACCGGAGAGGAGCCAGUCUGAAUAUACAGGGCGAGUACCAGGGAGGAGGAGUGUGUAUGGAGUGUCAGCACCAUACUACAGGAAUCAACUGUGAGCGCUGUGUACCAGGAUACUACAGGUCACCUGACCACCCUCUGGGCUCACCACUGGCCUGUUCAAAGUGUUUGUGUGAGUCAGAUUUCACUGAUGGCACGUGUGAGGACUGGGGACGCUGCUACUGUAAACCCAACUACACUGGAGAGAACUGUGACUCUUGUGCAGAGGGAUAUGAGAACUUCCCAGCCUGCUAUUUGGUCACUCCCACCUUCCCCCCUAAUAUCAACGGAGAGGCUCGACCUGUUGGAGAGAUCAUCAAUUGUGAGUGUAAUGCGGCAGGCACAGAGGGGAAUUCGUGUAGGGCAGACCCACUCACACACACCUGUGUGUGUAAACCUGGUUUCACAGGACAGCACUGUGACACCUGUGCUCCGGGUUACUACGGCCUCAACUGCUAUCGUUGUCAGUGCACAGGCCCAGGUUCUCAGGACGGGUCAUGUGAUGCAGUAACAGGACAGUGUGUGUGUAGAAAUGGCUUUUAUGGCUAUUCAUGCGACCAGUGCGCUCCCGGCUAUUUCAACUACCCUCUGUGUCAGCUGUGUGGCUGUAGCGCUGUAGGCACUCUACCCAAUGGUUGUGACUCAUCCGGUCGUUGUCUGUGUCGUCCGGAGUUUACAGGCCCUCGCUGCGAUCAGUGCCGUUCUGGCUUCCACUCUUAUCCCAACUGCGAGGUGUGCACCUGUGACCCAGGGACAUCCCUGGACUCUAACUGCAAUACAGCAGGGCAGUGCAACUGUAAACCCAACUACAGAGGCCCCAGGUGUGAGUCCUGCGCUCCGGGCUACUACAGUUACCCCACCUGCUUACCCUGCCAGUGCUCAGCGGAGGGAUCUCGGUUCAGCAUGUGUGAUUCAGUCUCAGGGCAGUGUGUGUGCCUACCCAAUGUGGUGGGCCAGAAAUGUGACUCAUGCAGCUCUGGAUCCUACAACUUCCCCCUGUGCCAAGCUGGUACGUGUAAUCCUGCUGGCUCUGUAGAGAAUGAGAUUUUGCCGACGGUGGGCUCCUGUAAGUGCAAAGCCAACGUGGAGGGUGUGGCCUGUGACAGAUGCAAGCCCCUUUACUGGAACUUGUCACCUGAUACUGUGUUUGGGUGUUCCAGCUGUGAGUGUAACACUGCAGGGACAGUGAGUGAAGUGGCCGAGUGUGGACAGACUAAUGGACAGUGCUACUGCAAGCCUAAUGUGUGUAGUGGAACAUGUGCGGUGUGUAAGGACGGCUACUACCAUCUGGAUAAUAACAACUACUUUGGGUGCCAGGGUUGUCAGUGUGAUAUUGGAGCUUCUGCUAGUCUGUCAUGUGAGGAGAGAAAAGGCAGGUGUAGAUGCAGACCCAAUGUGGAGGGACCCAAAUGCAACCAUCCACGUCCAGAUCACUAUUUCCCUGACCUGCACCACCUGAAGUUUGAGGUGGAAGAAGGCACGACGUUGGAUGGGCGGCCGGUGCGUUUUGGCUACAAUCCACUGGAAUUCGAGGCCUUUAGCUGGAGGGGCUACGCUCAGAUGUCCUCCAUUCAGAGCGCAGUCAAAUUGACGGUGCACGUGAAUGAGGUGGACAUGUAUCUCACGCGUUUGAUCCUCAGAUAUGUAAGCACUGAGGCUGCCGUCUCCCACGGCAAAAUCACAGCCUAUCCCAACAGCAGAAGAGGUUCUGAACAGUCUAAACAGAUCGUUUUCGCUCCCAGUUCAGAGCCCACGUUUGUAAAUGUGCCUCAGAACAGUUUUGUAGAGCCGUUUGUACUGAACCCUGGCACUUGGACCAUCAUCAUCGAAGCUGAAGGCAUUCUACUGGAUUAUCUAGUGCUGUUGCCCAGUGCGUACUACGAAGCUCCUAUUCUGCAGGUGAAAGUGACUGAACCCUGUAUAUACAGCCCAGCACACGAGCCCAAUCAGAAUUGUUUGCUGUAUAAGUACCUGUCUCUGGACGAGUUCCCGUCUCUCUCUGGUAAGGAUGCCAGCUGCAGAGCAGAUAAUCAUCUGCCCAGACUGUGUUCUGUAGAGAAGAUUACACCUCGGCAUCCCAGCAUGGCCGUCUGCAGUGGCAAUGACAUCAAUGUGCAGCUGCGGGGUCGAGUACUUUUACCGGGUGAAUACAUUCUGGUCGUAGAGUACACCAGUGAAGAGAAAGCUCCACAAACUCUUACUGUGUCUGUUAACACACCCGGAGGACGCGGCCAUCAGGAGCGCAUCACACUGCUCCACUGCAAGUACAGUUUCUUGUGUCGUGCAGUGUCUAUAGAUGAAAUGCAGCGUAUAGCUAUCGUCACUCUUUCCACGGAAGUUGAUGUGCAGCUCAUUGCAGACCGAAGCAACUUCUUCCUGCACAAAGUGUACCUGAUCCCUCAUGCGCAGUUCACAAUGGAGUACCUGACACCUGGAGUGCACUGCAUCAGCACCCAUGGACACUUUGCUCCUGACAGUGCUUCCUGUGUCCCCUCUCGCUUCCAGACCCCAUCUCAGUCUCUGGUUCUGAAGGAGGGUCAGGCUUCCUUACCUCUUAAUGCACACGGUGACUCUGCUCCAUUGACUGUCCGUGACACGCCCCCAACUGCCAUUGACAACGGUGACCAUAUCCGCCUGGACUCAGCUCAGAACGCAGUAGUGUAUUCAACACAAGUGCAUGCACUGGGACGUUAUGUGUUCAUCCUACACUACCACCAGCCACUGCACCCAUCCUUCACUGUACAGAUUUAUGUAAAUGGUGGACGAAUUUGGCAGGGCCAUGCCAAUGCCACGUUCUGUCCCCAUGGCUACGGUUGCCGUAGCAUUCUGAUCUCGGAGAACCAGAUCAUUCUAGAUGUGACUGACCAUGAGGUCAUUGUGACUGUGCGAGUCCCAGACAGAAAAACACUCUGGCUGGAUUAUAUACUAGUGGUUCCAGAGAGCAGCUACAGGUCCAGUUAUCUGUCUGAAGAGCCACUGGAUAAAUCCUAUGACUUCAUCAGUAACUGUGGACAAAACAGCUUCUACAUCAACCCUCAGACAGCAUCUCAGUUCUGCCGGUCUUCAGCUACAUCUCUUUCGGCUUUCUUUAAUAACGGUGCAGUGCCAUGUGGCUGCCAUGAGGCCGGGUCUGAGAGCGACACAUGCCAACCGUUUGGUGGUCAGUGCCCCUGCAGACCCAACGUGAUUGGCCGAGACUGCCGUCAGUGUGCCACCGGAUACUAUGGCUUCCCGAACUGCAGGCCGUGUAAUUGUGGCACACGCUUGUGUGAGCCACUGACAGGCGAGUGUAUCUGUCCUCCACGUACACUGCCGCCGGAGUGUGUGCAGUGUGAGCCGCAAACAUUCGGCUGCCAUCCCCUGGUGGGCUGUGAGAUAUGUAACUGUUCCCGGUCCGGCGUCACGGCUCAGGAUAUCAACUGCGACACAGACAGCGGCCAGUGCAGGUGCAAGUUAAACAUCGUGGGUCGGCAGUGUGACCGGUGCGUUCCUGGCUUCUAUGGAUAUCCCAACUGCAGGCCAUGUGACUGCAAUGAAGCUGGAACUGAGAAGAAUGUGUGUGACUUCACCACAGGACAGUGUCUCUGCAAGGAAAACGUCGUGGGUUUGCGGUGUGAGCAGUGUGCACUGGGCACAUUCCAUCUCGACCCCAAUAACCCUAAAGGCUGCACCAAGUGCUUUUGUUUCGGUGCCACUGACCGAUGCCGCAGCUCAGACAAGCGUAGGGAAGAGAUUAUGGUCAUGCAGGGCUGGGUGUUGCUGAGAGGAGACAGACAGGAAGUCCCUGUGUCUGUGUUCGUGGAUCAGGAUCUAGUGGAGGCUGAUCUCAGUGAUGUCCCUGAUGUCUAUCAGGAUUUUCACUGGCAUGCACCACGCACUUAUCUGGGUGAAAAGGUGUCUUCUUAUGGAGGUUAUUUGCGCUAUCAGUUACACACACAGACGAUGAGAGGAGACACCCUGGUUUUGCCCUCUGAAGCCUCUCGGCCUGAUGUUAUUCUCAAGGGAAAUCAGAUGACUGUGGUCUACAUGGAGAGAGAGUAUGCUUCUCCUGAGGAGCCUCAUGAAGGUGUUGUUCAUCUAGUGGAGGGAAGUUUCCGUCACGCUCAGACAGGGAACUUGGUGUCUCGGGAGGAGUUGAUGAUGGUGCUGGUGGCUUUGGAGUCUCUGCAGAUCCGAGCGCUCCACUCCCAGUCGGCUCAGUCCGUCUCUCUGCGCAGUGUCACAAUGGAGGGGGCUGAGCAUCUGCCCACUGGACGCCAUGCCAACAACGUGGAGCUGUGCAUGUGUCCGGCGAGCUACCAGGGAGACUCAUGUCAGCGAUGUGCUCCAGGCUACUACAGAGACACCAAGGGGCUGUUUUUGGGCAAAUGUGUUCCUUGUAGCUGUAAUGGUCACUCUGAUCAGUGCCUGGAUGGAUCUGGUAUAUGUGUGAGCUGCCGUCACAACACGGCUGGAGACCACUGUGAGAAGUGUCGUGAUGGUUUUCAUAGCAACUCCUCAGUGGAUGGUCAUGCUGUAUCCUGCAGCAGCUGCCCAUGUCCACUACAGGUGGCAUCCAACAAUUUUGCCACUGGUUGCAUAGAAAAGUCCAAUCACAUGCAGUGUCUGUGUAUGCCUGGCUACGCCGGGCCCAAGUGUGAGAGGUGUGCCCCAGGUUACUAUGGCAACCCCAUGGUGAUUGGCAGCACUUGCCAGCCGUGCAAUUGCAACGAUAACUUGGACCCAAACAUGCUGUUCAGCGACUGCCACCCAGUGACCGGCGAGUGCCACGGCUGCAUGUACAACACAGCCGGACCUCACUGUGAGAUCUGCGCUCCAGGUUUCUACGGUGACGCCAUCACUGCCAAGAACUGCACCAAAUGCAACUGUUCUCCCUGUGGGAUGGCCAAAUGCGACCCUCACACGGGUCAGUGUCACUGUAAACCAGGUGUUACUGGGAUCCACUGUGAUCGCUGUGAGCACGGCACAUUCGGCUUUGAGUCGUGUACUGGUUGUAGUGCGUGUGACUGUGAUACAGCUGCAGCGCUGGUUCUGCCGUGUGACCCAGUUAGCGGCUCGUGCGCGUGUCGCCCAGGUGUGAACGGACCCAACUGCCGCCAGUGUGCUCCUGGAUACUGGGGCUAUGGUCCUGAUGGCUGCAAGAAGUGUGAGUGUAAAGGAGGUCACUGUGACCCGCGGACCGGGGAGUGCCGCUGUCCGGACACACUGACAGGGAGACAGUGUGAUCGCUGCACCAGUGAUCACAGUAUGCUGGUCACUCAUGGAGCAAAUGUCCACUGUGAAAAAUGUGAUAACUGUGUGAUGGUGCUACUGGCGGAUCUAGACAUGGUGAGCAGUGACUUCCUUUCUGUGGAGCACCAGCUGAAGAACAUCAGUGCCAGCGCCCUCGCCUGGACACAACUCCGCAACCUUAAUGCAUCUGUCAUGGAUGUGGCUAAUUCCAUAGAAAACUACAACAGUACUCUGGAUGGCAGAAGGAUGCAAGCAGAUUUGCUCGAGAGAGACCUGCAGAUCACUGACUCUGACAUCUCUGAGCUGGAGAAGAAGGUGUCAGUCUCAGUAAGAAAAGAAGAUGAGCUUACGAACAACACCAAAGCCACGUACGAGAGAGCUCAGAACCUGCUGGACUUUAUUAAUGGCAGCAUGAGAGACAUAAGAGCCAUAUUGAAGCUGGUGAACAGAACAGCUCAGAAUGGCUCUCAGGACGUAAAUGAUGGCGAGUUUACACGGAAGCUGACGGAGGUGGCAGAUAUGUUGAGGGACAUGCGCUCCCAGAGCACCCACUACCAGAGGAAGUUAGCAGAGAACGAGCUCACGGAAGCCCAGAAAUUGCUGGAGCGUGUGAAGGGAGAGAUGGCUGACCGGAACACUGCAAACCACGAUAUAUUGAAGUCGAUCAGAGAAAAACUGGAUCAGUUUAACAAUGAGCUCAUGAACCUGAGAGACUCGCUUAACGAUGCAGUGAAGAACAUAACACGCGCAACUGAAACCAACAGUAUCAACCAGAAAAAGCUGGAUGAGUACAAGCAAAAAUUGAACGCUCUGAAGUCAAAGCAGAAGGAGGUGGAGGAUAUGAUCCAGAUGGCAGAAGAUGAUGUGGCUCAGGUCAAUGAUAUAUUAUCUAUGCUGCAGGAUGCCAAAGAGGAUUAUGAACGUCUGUCUGCUCAGCUGGAUGGAGCAAAGCAGCCUCUCACGAACAAGGUGCAGAAUUUCACUUUCACCAACUCAAAAAGCUCGCUGGUAGAGGAAGCUGAGAAACACGCUGAGCUUCUCAAUCAGCUUUCCAUGAACCUCUCAAGUGUCAUUUCCAACACUAACCAGGACAGCUUCAUACAGAGAGCUCUGACUGCAUCAGGCGCUUACACCAACAUUAUUAAGAGCAUGCUGGAAGCUGAAACUUUAGCUGGGGAAGCGAACGUGGACACCCUGGAGGAUCUCAAAAGCCAGAAUCGUUCACAGCAGGCCAGCGAUCUUAAAAAUAAGAGUAUGGCAUUACAUGAAGAGGCAUCAGCCCUGCUCCAGAAUCUGACUAAAGUGGUGAAUCCUCAGCUGCAGGAUAUUAAGAAGCGGCUGCAGGAGGCAGAAGUGAAAAAGAACGAGCUGCUGAAGGAUCUGGCAGCUGUGCAGAAUUCCCUCAACUUUACCAAAGAGAACACAUCAAAUGAGAUAUUGGUUGCUAAAACAGCUGUGGAGGCGGCUAACAGCACUGUGGCUGAUGUGCUGGGGAAGCUGGCUCCGAUAAAACAACAGCUGGAGGAGUGGCACAGAACAUACGCAUCAUCCAACACCACUAAUGUUGACUUCAGUGAUGCACUCAGCCAGGCCAACAGCUCAGUGGGAGCACUCAGUGAGACCAUUCCACUGUUGAUGAAGAGGCUGGAUCGCUUGCAGAAUCACUCCAUGCAGAUGUCCAACAUUUCUGAGAACAUCCUGAGAAUCCGUGAGCUCAUUGCUGAGGCCCGAAAAGCUGCCAGCAGGGUCAGUGUGUCGAUGAAGUUUAAUGGGAAUUCGGCGGUGCAGGUGAGGACUCCCAGUAAUCUGGCUGAUCUGGCUGCCUACACCUCCCUCAAGUUCCACAUCACUCUCUCCAAAGAGACACGCAAAAAGCGCCAAGCUGCCAACAGACAGUUUGUCUUCUACCUGGGCAACAAAAAUUCCAGUAAAGAGUUCAUGGGGAUGAUUCUGGAUGGCGAAAGACUACACUGGCUUUUUAAUCUUGGUGAUAAGACUGCACAGGCGGAGAUAACAGAUAAUGUUCGCUUGGAUGGCAUAUUCAGCAGUCUGUUUCUGGAGAGGAUAUUGCAGUAUGGUCAAAUGACGAUGACUAUAGAAGGCUCAUCAUCUAAGCAGACUGUGGAGGCAGAUGGAGAUCGCGGCCUUCUAAACCUCCCAACAGACGAAACAGUCUUCUACGUCGGUGGCUAUCCCAUGAGCUUCACGCCCCCUUCCCAGAUGCAGCUCUCAGAGCGUCCAUUUUUCAAGGGCUGCAUUGAGCUCGAGAGUCUGAAUGAGGAGGUGAUCAGCCUCUAUAAUUUUGAGGAACGCUUUAAACUUAACACCACUGAAGACAGUCCUUGCCCACGACCUAGGCCAGCAAUGAUCCAGCAGUGGGUAGAAGAUGCCUCCUACUUUGACGGGACAGGCUAUGCUGAAGUCACUCCCAAGCCUUCGUGUGCGAAAGCUCGCUUUGGAGUGGAUAUCAGACUCCUCUCACAGAAUGGAAUUCUGCUCCUGCUUCGUAAUGAGACUAAGUUUGCAUGCUUGGCAGUGCUCAGAGGGCAAUUGAAGCUCUUCUACAACUUCAAUGGGACAUUAACUGAGGCGGCGCCCACAAGCACAGAACCCAACUUGCUGUUUGUCAGUGACGCCACUGUCAAAUUUGUGGAGGUCCUUAUUCCUGUGCGACUUUCAUCUACAUCAUCACCUCAACCUUAUAUGCUACUAGUGAGGAGAGAGAGGAACCAAAUAUACAAGGUUGAGUCCCAUGACAUCCCGUGUUUCACGGAAAGCUACUUCCUGGGUGGUGUUCCCGAUGACCAAAUGCCUGAGGGGCUGAAGAGUAAAUUCUCUAACCAGGUUUCUGUAAAGGGCUGCUUCAGGAACAUUAAAGCCAUGGGCAGUUUCAUCGACCUGAAGAGCAUGAAUACUUCAGGUGUCAGCUACGGUUGUCCUGAUAACCUGCUGGUGGCUCGGGAAGCUUAUUUUAAUGGUCAGAGUUAUUUGGACCUCAAGCUGGACAACCUACCAGGCAUCACAGACAACUUUUAUGCUGGUGUUGGCUUCAGGACAGAGAAAAGUAACGCACUGUUACUCUACCACCAGGCUGAGAGUGGGGUGUGUCAAGUACAGUUGAAAGAAGGCUAUGUGGUGGUGACGGCUGGCAAAAAUGAGGUCCGAACUCAGAAGACCUACAACGAUGAGAACAGUCACUACGUGGCUUUCUAUAGCAAUAUGAAUGGGCUUCGUGUGUAUAUGGAUGACAUGCUGGAACCCAGCAAUAACAUCAGAAUGAUAGUUCCCAGCAUGCUACAGAUCGGGGAAGUCUAUCUCGGGGGCACACCUGAGAAAAGUAACGUUGCCAACCUCACUGGCUGUCUCCGCAACAUUUUCAUAAACAGGACUACAAUGUCUCAAACGGUGGUGGACUUGCUACCAGCCCGUGCAAAUGUUCAUGUUAACCUGGAGUGUCCUGCUGCUAAGAAAGCACAGCAGAUCCUGGCCUCAGCUCCAAAACUUAAAAACACCAAGGGGAAGCACAAAAAGAUUCAUAGAGCACAAAAAAGCCACAGUGCCCGUGGUUCCUGCCAGGGGGAGUUGUCUGUCCAAGAGGCAAAUGCCCACUACUUCAGUGGAUCCGCCCACAGCCACAUGCGUUUUGAUUUGGUUCCUCCAGCCUUUAGCAAGACGCCUAACGUGGCAAUGGCUGUUCGUGUGAACUCAUCCAAUGGACUCAUCUUCUAUGCAGCAGCACAGAGAGGAAGGGCGACUUUAACACUCUCUGUGUCUGAAGGCUACCUCAUGUUGCUGCUCAACGGAGGGAAGAGGAAAUUCAGCAUUGUGACCAGCGCCAAGUAUAAUGACGACCACUGGCACAUGGUGUUUGUUAAGAUUGACAGAGGAAGGGCCAGUCUCAUAGUAGAUGGCAUUAAUGUGCAGAACAGGAAGGUGUCCUCCUCUGGGGAGAAGAAUGCACUGAGUGGCCCAGUUUACAUCGGCGGCCUGCCCUCUGACCACAAAGCAGCAGCGGUGGGUUUUGUAGGAUGUAUCAGAGAUCUGAAGGUGAGCGAGGUGCUGCUAAGCCCCACUAAAAGUGUAGGGGUGGUGCCAUGCUACCAGGAGCCCCUCCAACCAGGUGUCUACUUCUCCAGCCAGGGAGGACACAUCGCAGUUGAUGAGUCACUAGCUCUGGGUCGUGAUCUGGAGCUGGAGCUAGAGGUUCGGCCUGUAACGGACUCCGGCCUUCUGCUCCACGCUGGAGUCAGGAAGAGUCAGCAGCUCAGCGUCUACCUCAACCAGGGAGAGGUGGUUGUGUUAGUGAACAGUGGCAGUGGAGCAUUUACAGUGACUCUCAAACCAGAGGACUCAUUAUGUGAUGGAAACUGGCACAGUAUAUUUAUUGAGAAGAAGAGAAAUGUGAUCCAGAUACGUGCGGACGCAGUGAGUGAAUAUGGAGUCGGCCCCAAACAGAGCAGAUCUAAUGGAGCCAAAGUCACUGUCUAUCUGGGCAAUGUGCCAGAUGUAGUGGAAGCUCCCGCUCUUCCAUCCUCUCUCCCUCCGUACCACGGCUGUGUAAGGAAAGCUAUGGUGAACGGCCAAGCUGCCAUGCUCUCCAAACCUCGGACCGUUUCUGGAGCUGUGGCCACUCAGGGAUGCCCUGCCAUGUAGCUCAAUCUCUGCCUUCAAAUCCAAAAUACCUAAAAUGAUCAAAAUCAGCAGGUGGUGGGUUUACCUAUGCGAUAGCUAACUGAAACAGAUAUUUAUAUUCUUUUGUUCAACAAAUGUAUAUGUUCAAGAGGCCAGUGUGGAGAAUAUUUUUACAAAGGCAGAGUGUGUGAAGACACUUAGACGUGUGAGUGAUAAUAAACAAGCAAUGUACCAGUACUGUAUGGUCUAUAUACACACAAGAUUAGGGCAUUACCAGUCUAAGUGAAUACCAAACCCUGUACUGCUGCAUUGGGAAUGUCUUACUGAGAUUUCUAUCAACAAUAUUCCUGAUUAAGAGACCAGCUAUAUUUGGGUUUUCCCUUGAUGUUUCGCUGAAUGGAGUCAGUGUGUUGCCAUUAUAAAUUCACUGAAGAUCCCCUCCCCAAGCAUAUCACACACUGCAGAUGUGCACCUUCUACAGCACUCGUUCUGUAUCGUGGAUAAAUCACUGGAGUUUAACUAUGUACGCUAUUUGAUACUUAAUUUUUUGGGGGGGAAUUAAUUGUAUUUUAACAGAGGAAAUAACCAUUUGAUACAUAUUGGUUACAGAACUUUGAUCAAAUCUCAAAGACUCAGAGUUAACACUUUAAUUGUGCAACAUCAGAUUUAAACAUACAGGCAUACUUCUUAGAUCUGGACAGUUGAUUAACAACAGACGCUAGCUGGAUUGAUAAACUAACUUGUUUGACUAGUCCAGGCUCAUAUCCUCAUCAUCAUCCUUCUUAUCUUUGGCGUCAUCAGACUCCUCCAUCUUUCCACUGCUGUUCUCCAUGGCCUUGGCAAAAGCCUCCACAUCUACAAACAUGCAGCAAUUAUUAAAACAAACGCAAACUCACAAAUGUGGUUUUUUUGUUUGUUUAAAUGGGAGUUUCAUUAACAAAAUAAAGAUAAUUAUGUCUCGUG